AUGGUCCGCCGGCGAAGUCGCGUCGUGCUCCUCGUCGCCGUCGCCAUCGUCUUCCUCCUCUACCGUGUCUUCCAGAACUCCGACUGGGACCCCGCGCGAGCGCCCACGUCUCCCAAGACCAACAUCCCCGCCGGCCACAGCCACCCAGUUGAGCACCCCUUCGAGGACGAGCACGAGCAAAACCCCAUCCCGCCCGCCGCCGCCGCUGAUCAGAAGGCCGACUCGAAACCUGCUGUUAUUCCUGAUGCCGACACGAACCCUCUCUUGACCCCCAGCGCCGGUGAUGUUGCUGCUGUCCCCGAGCCCGACCCCAAGCCUGUUGGUCUCGCUUCGCCGCCUGCUGAUGACCCUCCUCGCGAUGAUCCCUUCAGGGACACGACCAAGACCGGCCCUGCUCUUCCUGAACCCGACACUGGCAAGCCCGAGAAGUCUGACCAGGUUCUCCACCCUGAAGACAUUCGCAUCCAGAAGCCUCCCAGCCGUCAGCCUCAGGUCACCGAUGCCACCGAUGCCGCCAAGACACAGAUCCAUUGGCACAAGCAAACCGAGCACUUCCCCGUGCCUACCGAGUCCAUUAUCCCUCUGCCCACCGGCAAGCCCAAGCCGUUCCCCAAGAUCCAGCAUGUCUUCACGCCCGAGACCGAGGCGGCUGCCGUCAAGGAAACGCGCCAGAAACGCCUCGCGCUCGUCAAGGCCGAAGCCAAGCGCUCCUGGGAUGGAUACCGCAAAUUUGCCUGGACUCACGACGAGCUGUCGCCCGUGAGCGAGCGCUUCCGCGACCCCUUCUGCGGAUGGGCUGCCACCUUGGUUGACGCCCUCGACACGCUGUGGAUCAUGGGUCUGAAGGACGAGUUCAAAGAAGCCGCCGAGGCCGUUGCCGAUAUUGACUUUACCUACAGCGACAAGCGCCGUGACAUACCCGUGUUCGAGACCAUUAUUCGCUACCUCGGUGGUCUGCUGGCCGCGUACGACGUGAGCGGCGGUCACGAUGGCGACUACCCUGUCUUGCUCAACAAGGCGACAGAGCUCGCCGAGAUCCUCAUGGGCGUCUUCGACACGCCCAACCGCAUGCCAAUCCUGUACUACAAUUGGAUGCCUGACUUUGCCUCGCAGCCUCAUCGCGCUGGCUCAGGCAGCAUUGCUGAGAUUGCGUCCAUGUCGAUGGAGUUCACGCGUCUGGCGCAGCUGACGGGGAACAAUAAGUAUUAUGAUGCCAUUGCGCGCGUGACCAAUGCUCUGAGGGACCUCCAAGAGCGUGGCACAUCCAUCCCUGGCAUCUUCCCCGAAAACCUGGACAUAUCGGGCUGCAACAAGACGGCUACGGCCGCGCGCAAUGCACUUGCCGAGGAGAAGGCCGAAAUGAGAGCCAAGGAGGAGGCUGCCAAGCUGCAUCAACCCCAAGGCUACGUUCCGGGACAGGACGGCGUCACUGCCACUGACCCUGCGGCGGAGCCAGAGGAUGAUGAUGGGUCCGCUCUGCCCAAGGUCGUCGCCCCGGCCGCGAUCAAGCCUGCGGAUGACGCCCCGCCUGCUGAGAAAGAAUCUGCCGCGGGGAGCCAAACAGCUGCCGAUGAAGAACUUGCAGUGGGCGACGUUCCGGCUUCCAAAUGGUCGAAGCCUGCUGGCGGAACGCCCAACGCCCCUGAGGACCCAGCUGUAGCUCGCCGUGCCCUCCGAGUGGAUACCGCUGGCGAUGUCCAGGCAGAACUCGAUCCCAACCAGAAGGGAAAGAACUUCCUGACGCCCGACGACUUGCCAUCCUACCCCGGCUCGACCACCGGAGACGAGCGAUCGCAGGCGCCUAUCGCCGCUGACGGCAAGUUCGCCAGCUGGGACUGUAUUGAACAGGGUAUUGUGCCCAGUGGUUACGGUUACGAACAGUACAGUAUGGGUGGCAGCCAGGAUUCGGCGUACGAGUACUUCCCGAAAGAGGACCUUUUGCUUGGCGGCCUGGCCCCCGAGUACAAGGACCUGCACAUCGGCACAGUCGAGGCUGUCAGAAAACAACUGCUCUACCGCGCCAUGGCUCCCGAGGAUAGAGACGUGCUCUUCUCGGCCAAAAUCGUGACGUCGGGUGACAUUGCCAAUGACGCCCGGUACGAGUACGAGGUCACGCAUCUGACAUGUUUCCUCGGCGGUAUGUUCGGGCUCGGCGCUCAGAUGUACGACCGUCCUGAGGAUCUUGAGAUCGCCAAGAAGCUGACAGACGGUUGCGUCUGGGCUUACGAGUCGAUGCCGUCCGGCAUCAUGCCCGAAGGGUCAAAUGUCGUUCCCUGCGCCUCGAUGGAGAGCUGCCCAUACAACGAGACCCUUUGGUGGCAGUAUCUCGACCCAUCGGCAGAGUACCGUGACAACAGCGUCAAGGAAUGGGAGGAAAAGCAGGCGCAGAAGAAAAUCAAGCAGGCCGCAAAGCCUGCCGAGGACGACGAACAGGGUCAGCUGCGGGCUCAGCAGGAGGAGCGCAGAAAGGCCGAAGCCGCUGCGGCCGUCCUAGACGAGCCCCCGAUGGCACCUGCUCCUGGAAUUGAGGCCGGGGCGACCAAGGAGAUGUUCAACGACGACACGCCUCGCAGGCCUAUGCCUGUCGAUGAUGAAGUGAUGAUCCAGCCGAAUUUUGACGACGAGGUGAAGCUCCCCGACUUUGAUGACAUCAAAGUUCCUGAGGUUGAGGCACCUGUGGUCGAGGCGCCCGUGGUCAAUAUUCCUGUAGAGGAAGUGCCUGUGGCGCCAGCUGGAGAUGCCCAUGAAGAACAUAUCCACGCCAAGAGGGCACCUCCCCCCGUGGAGGACCCGAGCAACCCAGGCACAAUAGACACGCUGGAACCCAAGCAAGUUCCCCCUACAGACAACACGCAGAAUGUUGCGGGUGGCGUCAUUGGGCAAAUACCCAUCGACGACACUACGGCCCUCACGCCCCCGGCAGCACCAGCGACAAUCCCGGAGCUGCCAGACCCCAAGCCUAUGAACCAUGAGGAGUUCGUCAAGAACCGCAUCGAGACGGAGCGCAUUCCGCCCGGCUUCUCAGCCAUCAACCACCGCCACUACAUCCUACGCCCCGAGGCCAUCGAGUCUGUCUGGUACAUGUAUCGCAUUACCGGCGAUCCUAUCUGGCAGGAAAAGGGCUGGCGUAUGUUCGAGGCCGUUGUCAAGGCCACGGCCACGUCCAUCGGCAACAGCGCCAUCGAGGAUGUGACAUCGACGCAGCCGACCAAGACCGACGAGAUGGAGAGUUUUUGGCUUGCUGAGACACUCAAGUACUUCUACCUGCUGUUCGCGGAUACCGAUGUCAUCAGUCUUGAUGACUGGGUGUUGAACACGGAGGCCCAUCCCUUCCGGAGGCCCAAGGAGUAG